UUGCACCGUGCCGCUCCGUCGCAGUCCCAUCCAGUUCCAUCGUCGUUCCUUCUGGGUGGAUCUGGCCUAACGGUGUCGAGUAGCGGUCGGUAUCCGUUGGCAAAGAUCGAGCCAUCUGGUUUUGACGUUAUCUCCGAUCGCCGGCUGGGACGAGCCGUUGGACGGUACCGGAUUAGAAAGAAUCGAUCUUUAACUGCGCCGCUAUGGAUGAAGAGUACGACGCGAUCGUGCUUGGCACUGGGCUCAAGGAGUGCAUCCUGUCCGGUUUACUUUCGGUCAGCGGCAAGCGGGUCCUGCAUAUAGAUCGCAACAAGUACUACGGUGGAGAGUCCGCCUCGAUAACGCCUCUGGAGGAGCUCUUUAGUAAAUUCAAGGCACCUCCACCGGACCAAAGUUAUGGACGCGGACGCGACUGGAACGUGGAUUUGAUUCCAAAAUUCCUGAUGGCCAAUGGAUUGUUGGUCAAAUUAUUGAUCCACACGGGGGUUACCAGAUACGUCGAAUUUAAGAAUAUCGAAGGAUCUUACGUGUACAAGACCGGCAAGAUCUCCAAGGUACCGAUCGAUCAGCAGGAGGCGCUGUCCAGCGACUUGAUGGGCCUUUUUGAGAAGCGACGCUUUCGUAACUUCCUCAUAUGGGUCCAGAAUCUACAGGAAGACGUUCCUACGACUUGGGACGGUUUCGACCCGUUUAAUAGAAGUAUGGCUGAUCUGUAUGAGAAAUUUAGGUUAGAGAAGAAUACGCAAGACUUUACUGGUCAUGCUCUUGCCCUAUAUAGAGAUGACGAUUAUAUUAUGCAAAACGCUAUAACUACUAUACGGCGUAUUAAGCUGUACAGCGAUAGUUUAGCGCGUUAUGGUAAAUCGCCGUACCUGUAUCCCAUGUAUGGACUGGGAGAACUUCCUCAAGGUUUCGCACGACUCAGUGCCAUCUAUGGAGGCACCUAUAUGUUAGACAAGCCUAUCGAUGAAAUAGUUAUAAAGGAUGGAAAGGUCGUCGGUGUUCGCUCGGGAGACGAAACUGCAUCGUGCAAACAAGUAUUCUGUGAUCCUACGUACGUACCCGACAGGGUAAAGAAAGUUGGCCAAGUGAUCCGUUGCAUUUGCUUACUGAACCAUCCCAUCAAUGGCACGAACAAUGCCCUCUCGACGCAAAUCAUCAUUCCUCAGAAACAGGUGAAUCGCCACUCCGACAUCUACGUGUCUCUGGUGUCGCACACUCAUCAGGUAGCAUCGAAGGGCUGGUUCAUAGCGAUGGUGUCAACCACCGUGGAGACCGACAAUCCAGAACUGGAGAUCAAGCCAGGCCUCGACUUGCUCGCGCCCAUAAAGCAGAAAUUCGUUUACGUUUCGGAUUAUAUGGAGCCAGUGGACGAUGGCUCCGAGAGCCAGAUCUUCGUCUCGACGAGCUACGACGCGACCACGCACUUCGAAACCACCUGCCUAGACGUGCUGGACAUAUUCAAGCGAGCUACCGGCGAGGAGUUCGACUUCAAGAAAAUGAAGCACGAGCUGGGCGACGAGGAUCAGUAACUGUGAAUAUGCAAAGAUUCCUGGCUACGUAAAACGUGUAAUUAAUGCCGCGUGCAUCGGUCGCGAGUGCACUCUCCGAAGGGGCGGCAUGUCUUGGGAUUCCUCGUCGAGGAAUCGUCUUGGUUCAGAAUCACGCCGGAACAUGA